AUGAAAGAAGACGAAUCUGAUAAAAGUGUGGAGUUAGCCCCGCCAACUCCUUCUCAAGAAGAACCAAUGUCGGUCGACGCAAAUGUCACCGAGACAACUCCUAUGUCGGCUAUAGUAUCUGGUGCCGAAGAUUCAUCGAUGGGAUCGCGAGUAGCAACACCCAAAAUUCCGGCUUCUGCUGCUUUUAGUGUCGGUUCCCCGGCUGGACCCCCUCCCGUGUCCCCUCUUCAUCAAAAUGCCACUUCUUCAGCUGGAUCGGCGAUAUCAAAGUUUGAAACCUCUGGCCAACCAGUAUCACAAGACACUCCAUCGCCAGUGCAGCCGUAUAUGCAGCUUGCUAGUGCAGAUAGUAGCGUCCAGAGCGUGUCGUCCCACGCUCCUGUCUCGAAGGAUGCAGUUCCAUGGGAUCAAGCGCUACAAAGUGGCACCAAUUCGAAAGACACGGACCAUGCGUCUCCUGAACGAACUCCUCAUGAUCAUGCAAACGUUAGUUCUGUCUCGCCUUCAGGCGAUACCGUUGACCAGGAUCGGUCUGAACAAUCAAAACAGCUUCCCAUUCGUAUUGAUAGGGUUGUUUCUGUUCGUCAGUCCGGUCGUGCAGCCUCUAUGUAUUCUCAGAAUGUUUGCAACAAUUGUGGUACUACAAAUACUCCUCUUUGGCGACGAGGAAAUAGGGGCGAGGUCGUUUGCAAUGCAUGUGGACUCUACUUGCGUGUUCGCAAUGCCUCACGACCUGCUCAUCUCAAACGUCAACCGAAAUUGCGGACUGCUGGGUCUGGGAGUUUAGAUGAAGCCCCUGGGUCUUGCCCAGGAGACGGCCGUUGCAACGGGACUGGUGGUACUAGCGCCUGCGACAAAUGCCCAGCCUAUAAUAACCGUGUUGGGCGGGCACAAACUACAGAAGCACACGGGAAAUCGAAAGUGAAAACCCCGUCACCUCCUCCCAAGGGCAGCUCUACGGGUAACACAAGCAAUCAGAUGCUCGUUUCAUGUCAAAACUGUGGUACAGUUACCACUCCUCUGUGGCGUCGUGACAAUGAGGGCCAUAUAAUAUGCAAUGCUUGUGGUCUUUAUCUCAAAAUGCACCAUCAGCAUCGACCUGUUGCUCUAGGUCGGGGAAUGAUCAAACGACGCAAGAGAGCAGCUAACUCUGAAGAGGCCUCCUGGGUCCAUGAGCAUGUAAGUGGUGGAGAUUGCUGCGGUCCAAGUGAUGAAGGUAAACAAGAAGAUUCUGAUACCCCACAAGCCUCUAAGGUUGCGCAAGUAGCUCCGUCUGGCCCUCUAGCGGCACCAGUGAAUACUCAAGAUGUUCAUCAGACAGCUAAUCAGCAACAUAUACCUAUGAUCCAACAGCACCAGGGACAGCAACACCUUCCAGCGAUGCAACAGCAAAGGUUCCCGGAGCCAAUGAUGAUGCCUCCGAGACCGGAUAUGAUGAGAAUCCCAAAUCCGGGAGGCCCCAAUGCUCUUCCACCUCCCGGCGGUGUGUUUCCUCCAGCGUAUCCCAUGUAUGGUGUCUACUAUCCUACGCCAAUGGUAAUGCAGGAGCAUUAUAAUAUGAUGAGCCAGCAAAUGGCUGCGCAACGGGUGCCACCGCCUAUCGAUUUCACUAAUUCCUUCAAACCGGACCCGUCACCUGAAGAAGGGGAACAGCCCAGUCAGUCUGGUACUAUGGACAAUACGCCUUCUUCAGUCGUCUAUCGCCAAGAGUCUAAGCAAAACGAAAGCCCUCAAAUUGCACAUUCCAGGGCUUCGCCAGCGGUGCUACCUUCACCACAAUCUCAGCCCAGUCCGUCGCAACUGCCUGUUGCAUCCACUACCAGCACAUCUCACACACUUACUGGGUUUGCUGGAAAGGGUGGUCACGUUGCACUAAAACGCUCGGCAGAGCAAGGUGGGACCACAGCAUCCAAGAGCUACCUGGUUGAAGACGAGAGCUCACCACUGCUUGUUCUGAAAUAUCUCAGUGGGGAUUCAGUAAAAGAAUAUCUCUUGGCUGCUCGCAGACAUCUCCAGGAUAAAGUUGAUGAGCACACUCGAAAACUUGAGGUCGCACAACGUCAUCUAAGCGAUUGUGAUAAAAAAUUAGCCGAGCUAGAAUAG